CUUUUCUUCUCUCUCAUUUUCCUAUUGCCUGCCGCCUUUCCUGCCGUCGCCGCCGGUGUAAAGGGCCGGAUGGAAGGGACGAUGCCGUUGGCUUCUAAAAGCGUCGAUCCAACAUUGGAGCCAAGAAAUUUUUACUUCGGAGCAGUGAGUGCGUUCUGUUAUCUUGAUGAUUUUCGGCUCCGAUCAGGCGCCCUCACACAUCGAGUCGAUGCUCAAGGCUCAGAUUGAAGCUUCCGUGGUGCUGACCUAUGCCUGGAGGACGGAUCUGGCACUGUUGAGUGCUAGAUUGGGCUCAAAGAGAACACCAAAACACUAGGGUUUCGUAGCGCCGAUUGGUUUUCCGAGGUGCCAGUGGAGCCAAGAUCCAAGUGGCCACCUUCAUUUAUCUCGGAAUCUUAGACUCUUUCGAUCUCUCGAUCUCACAUCUUCCUCUCUGCACAUGACGUUCACAUUAGGUGGAGGAUCAUAUGUUUUAUCAUAUUCCAAGCAUUCUUAUCACAUCAAAAGAUUACUCAGAAAUUGCCACAAGGUGCUACUUGGCGGUUAAACACACUCAUUUCAUGCCAGAUCCAUGCAUGUUUAUUCUUCAUGGAUGAGUUGGGUUUCAAGACAUGCUAAUUCUACCUCUGGCUGACAGGUUAUCAACGGAACUGUUUCCUCAAAAAUUCUAUAGUGGCCUCGCACAUGUGAAAUUUGGGUGUAGGCGUGCCACUUACUUUGCUGAAAGUAAGAAAGGAAGACUUUCUCAACGAUCCUCUCCUUCCUCAUGGUCUUGAUGAUUUGAAGGCAGAAGUACGAGAUCCUCUAGAGGAGUUACUCAAUCAUGGGCAGUUUCUCGAAGUAAUGGGACAUCUCACCUUUUGAUCUGGUAUAAUCUUCUUACAGAUUUCGUCUUUUAUCAAAUAAAACCCUAUUUUUAACUGCAAUCUUCUCUUAUUUUUUAGUUCCCAUUAUCCUUUUCUGUCUCAAGAAGAUUAUUAUUUUAUAAAAAAUUAUCUUUACCUUUGCCAGCUUCUUUCUUUCAUUUUUUUUUUUUUUUUACUUUUCCAGAUGCAUUCUAACCAAAUUCAGCAACCCAUUUCCUUCAUUUUUCACAAUGUACUGCUGGUUGAUUUCGUUCAAACAUGACAAUGUGCAAUUUCAACCAAUAAAGAGACAAGGAGAUACAUAGAAGAAAAAUCAACAAAAGUUGUUUUGCCAACUACUCCAUUCUUCUCUCAUGUUCUUGAUUUCUUCAGCGGCUUCAUCUGCAAAGGCUGUGAAAGAAGGUAGUUGAUCCUUGAUUUUAGAAGCAGAUUUUGAAUCAAGAACAUGAGAGAAGAAUGGAGUACUUGGCAAAACAACUUUUGUUGAUUUUUUUUCUAUGUAUUUCUUUGUCUCUUUGUUGGUUGAAAUUGCACAUUGUCAUGUUUAAACUUAUUGUUUGCGGUCACUUGUAUUCAGAUUUCACACGUGCGAGACCACUAGAGAAUUUUUGAAGAAAGAAGAGCUGAAUGGUGGGUAAUUGAAUCUUUUCCUAAUUUCUCUCCAUGGCUUUUUUAAGUUUUUAUUAAGAAUCAAUAAUACAGAGUUUAAUGAGCAAUAUUUUAAAAUUUCUAUCAGGUUAAACUGCAAGCCUCAUUAACACUUUGCCAAUGGGAUUAAAAAUGCCAUUUUUUAGCAGUAUUAUUUCUUAACAAUGUUAAUGUGCAAAGUCAAAUUCUCUUUUUCUCAAAAAAUGGAUGUGAAGUUCUGAUUCGUAAACUAGCAUAAUUAGAAAGAGUUAGAUUACUGUAUAUAUAUAUAUAUAUAUAUAUUUGAAGGGCAAGUGUUAGAUCACUGUUGAGUUUCUGUUGUGGUUUUCUGUCCUUGAAUUUGUCCUGGUGUGCGGCAUAUAUUGUAUUUUUGCUCUACAUAAUUAUAUCAUGUUGCCUUCUUGCGAGUGAAAAAAAGAACUAUCUUAAU